UCCCUGGUGUUUCAGUACAAAGACACUCUGAAGUUGGCCGUCCCCUCGCUCAUCUACACGCUGCAGAACAACCUGCAGUACAUCGCCAUCUCCAACCUGCCCGCCGCCACCUUCCAGGUGACGUACCAGCUGAAGAUCCUCACCACGGCUCUGUUCAGCGUCAUGAUGCUCAGGAAGUCUCUCUCCAGAGUUCAGUGGGUCUCUCUGCUGCUGCUGUUCGCCGGGGUCGCCGUCGUUCAGGUGCAGCAGGAGGGGAAGAAGGAGGCGUCGGUGUCGGACGGCGACAACCAGAACUACACCGUGGGCCUGGUUGCCGUGGUGAUCAGCUGCUUGUCGUCGGGAUUCGCCGGCGUCUACUUUGAGAAGAUCCUGAAGGGCAGCUCGGCGUCCGUGUGGAUGAGGAACGUCCAACUGGGCGUGUUCGGCAGCGCGCUCGGCAUGCUGGGACUUUGGUGGAACGACGGAGACGCCAUCGCCGAGCGCGGCUUCUUUUUCGGCUACACGGGCAUGGUGUGGUGCGUCAUCUUCAACCAGGCGUUCGGAGGGCUGCUGGUUGCCGUGGUGGUGAAAUACGCCGACAACAUCCUGAAGGGUUUCGCCACGUCCUUCUCCAUCAUCGUCUCCACGGUGACGUCCAUCUACCUGUUCGGUUUCCACGUGGACCUGCUCUUCACGGCGGGGGCGGGGCUUGUGAUCGGAGCCGUCUACAUGUACAGCCUCCCCAAAGCGGCGCCCAGCUCCUCGUCCCCUUCCUCCGCCUCGUCCCCUUCCUCCUCCUCUUCCCCUUCCUCGGCGUCUUCAGCGUUGAACGGAGGCGUCGAGAUGGAGGCGUUUCUGCCAAAAGAUAAAGCGCGAGGCGUCGAGUCUCCUCCCCUCGCCGUCUCCAUCACAGACUAAAGCACAACAGAUGGAGCAUGAUGAUGAGGAGGAGGCGGAUGAAGACCACCUGUCUGUCUGUCUGUUUCCUCUCUGCCUUAAAACUCUUGACUUUACUAACUGAAUGAAACGAGGAGAAGCCUUACGGGAUAUAUGUCUGCAGUCUGAUCCUCUGUCUUCACUGAGCAGCCGCAAAUAUAUAAUAUUAUCAUCGUUUUUUAUUUGCAAUUAAGGAUUUAUUUUUGCUAAUUGAUCUCAGAUUUGUAUACAAAUUAUUAUUGUAUUUAUUAGUAUUUUUGUAUUAAAAAAAAUGUGUUAAAUAAGAUAGAAAAAUAUCCCACAGUCCAACAUUUGAUUUAGUCCAUUUGAUUUUUAUUCUUUCAGGUUAUUUAUAGAUUUUGUCUUCUAAUUUAGUUACUUUUUGUUAACCGUCUCAUGACAAGGACAACGCAUGGUAUUAAGGUUUCUCAAAAUAUGUGAAAAAAGUCUCGUCAAAAACUGAGAUAUUUAGG